CACAUGCUGCGCGCUUUGUCCCUCUAGGGCUGCCGUCGUCAUCAAAGCGCGACCCGGAAGUUGGCCCAGGGAUCUCCUUGGAGCACGUGGAGAGGGACUGCCAAAGGGGAGGAACCAGGUCAGUGUGGAGCCAAGCCUCUGCAGCUGAGCUGAUUCUCAGUUCAAAUCUGUGCUUUUAAAUUAGAGUGUGAAAAUGGAGCCCAAGAAGGAGGUUUUUAACGACCAGCGGUUUUCCCGCAUCACAAAAGAUCCUAGGUUUUGGGAAAUGCCCGAAAAAGACCGCAAGAUCAAAAUCGACAAAAGAUUUCGUGCCAUGUUUCACGACAAGAAGUUCAAGUUGAAAUACACUGUGGAUAAGCGGGGACGGCCGGUUAAUCACAGCUCUACGGAAGACCUGAAACGCUUUUAUGCGCUCUCUGAUUCAGAUUCUGAUGUUUCGGAAGGUGAUGGUAAACGAACUGAAAAGAAAAAGACCAAGUCUAAAGGAAAGAGGGGCUCUGAAAAAUCUGUUGAUGCCAAGGACAGCAACGUAGCAGGUUAUAAAAGCUCACCAGUGUCAAGAAGUGAUGUUUUUAAAAAUGAAAGCCAGAAAGGCAAACCACUAAAGACCAUGAAGGAUAAUAAAAACACAACUGCAGUUUCAGCUGUACACGAGAAAGAUGAUUCUUCUGUCAGUUGUGUCAAUAAAAAAGAUUUAAAAAAUAAAACUUGUAAAAAUGAAGAAAGUUCUGAUCUUGAUGAGCCAGAAGACAGUGGAGAAACUGAAGAGGAAAAAGAGUCGGACAAGAAUGGAGAACUGGAAGAGGAAAUAGAUGAUGGAGAAGUGACAGAAGAAAGUACUUCUGAUGAUGGAGAGGGAGAAACGGGAGAAGGAAGUGAGACAGAUGAUGAUGAGAGUGACAGUGGGCCAGAUCUGGCAAGGGGGAAAGGCAAUGUUGAAACUAGCUCUGAGGAUGAAGAGGAAGAUGACAUGACCGAUCUAUUUCCAAAGGACCCUGAAAUUGUACAUAGAUGGGGAGAACUGUCUGAAGAUGCCCCUCGUGAAGAUAAGAUCACAUGCAGAUUGGCAGUUUGUAACAUGGAUUGGGAUCGAUUGAAGGCCAAGGAUCUUUUGGCUUUAUUUAAUUCUUUUACACCCAAGGGUGGUGUUAUUUUUUCUGUAAAGAUUUAUCCUUCAGAGUUUGGAAAAAUUAGAAUGAAAGAAGAAGAAAUAAGUGGACCAACAGAACUGUUAAGCCUUCCUGAGAAUGUCACAGAGAAGGACAGGUUUGGUGACCACAACUAUGUAUGA